UACAAGUCCAUAUACAGCAGGGAAUAUGUCCCUGUUGUCCAAAAAGCAGGAGAGUUCCUGAAAUUUCCACACAGCCUCAAGGGACAACGACAAGGUCAGCUGGCUGGACUUGAGUCUCUGCCACCUGCCACCUCCAUUCCAUCAACAUUCCUUGUGCUUCACCUAAUAAGGACCUUGGAUUAGAAGGGCUCCGGACACCUCCAACCCCCAACCCUCUUCCUGGGCUCUAGGGAGCUAAGUGGCCUGGAGCAGCAUGACAAAUGGUCCUCGCAGAGGUCACACAUACACAUCACACGGACCUUCCCUAAAAUCCAUAGAACCAGAGCGUGUGACAGGACCCCAUGAAUCUUCCAGCUUCCCUGAGCCUGCUGGCCCUGGCGCUGCAGGAGGCGGGGCCAACUUCUCUCCCAAAGAAGGAAAAGGAGAGGAGCAAGGAGCAGCUGCACAGGGAAGGCCAUUCUGACUCAGUUCCGCAUCCGGGAAAUUAUGCCCUGAGUGUGGACAACUACGAUGAGGCCAUUGACCUGAGCAACUGCGAGGAGCUCACAGGCUGUGGGGACCAGGUCCCAGAGGUCUCUGCCAAAGUGAUCCAAGUGAACCUGAAAAGGACUGACCUCUCCAGAAACUUUGUCUCCUCCAUCAAUGAUGACGCCCUCCACCUGCCGCCUGCUCUGCAGGACCUGAUCCUCCCAGGGAGCCAGAUGACAGCUCUGCCCAGGCUGCCUAUGGGCAUCGAAGUCCUGGACAUCCGCCUCAAUCAGCUUCAGAGCUCGGGAAUGCAGCCUGGGGCCUUCAGGGCUUUGGAGAAGCCGCAGUUCCUCUAUCUAGACGACAACCUGAUGAAUUCCAUGCCUGGGUCCUUGCAGCUGUCAGUGUGCUCUUUCCAGAACAAUAUGAUAGAGACCAUGCACAGAGACACCUUUUGUGCCACCAAGAAGCACAAGCACACACAGAGGGGACUGGAAGACAUCCGCCUGGACAGCAAGCCCAUCAACCUGGGCCUCUUACCCAGCACUAUCUCCUGCCUGCCAGGGCCCCCCACAGGCCGCUUCUCCUAG